UCGAGUUUUUAUAUUCUUCCCUUUCUCCUUACAGAUUCUUUAAACAGAGCAUUUUCCAUUCUCUUCUUUAAUAGUUAAAACCUCUCAUAUUCCUUUCGUUUCGGCUUCUUUUACUUUGCUAUAACACACCCAUUAUAGCUUCCCCGUCUCAUUAUCUUCUGGCACUUUCUUUUACUUUAACUGAAUAACUUUCGUGGAAAAGUUCAUCUUAAAACUUUGCUUUUUUGCAUUUAAAAAAGACCUUCUUGUCUUUGCUUCUUUGGGUUUUUGACAUGCAGAUUCCUACCUUCCUGGUGUAGCUUGAACAACAAACUUUAAGUUCAAUGUUAUUAUAAACCUGGUCACAAAUCUUUCUCUUCUUUCAACACACCAUUUCAUUCUCCAAAAGAUUGAAAAAAGAAGAGAAAGAAAGCUGUCUACCUUUCAAUUUUGAUUCUCAAGAUGUUUGACUUGUUAAUUAAGCCGAAGUUCUAUACAAAAUGCAAAUCGGCUAUAAAGGUGAUUAAGAUGAGACUGGAGACUAUAGAGAAGAAAAGAAAUGCGGUGGAAAAGUAUUUGAAGAAUGACGUGGCUGAUCUUCUCAUGAAUGGUCUCGAUUACAAUGCUUACAGCGGGGCUGAACGUCUUCUGAUGGAGCAAAAGAGAACGGCUUGCUACGAUCUCAUAGAGCAGUUCUGCGACUCCAUUUCAAAGCAUAUCUCGGUCAUGCAAAUGCACAGUGAAUGUCCAGAGGAAUGCAGAGAAGCUGUACCGUCUCUAAUAAAUGCUGCAGCCAGAUUUGCUGAUUUGCCCGAACUGCGUGAUCUUAGAACCAUAUUUACCGAGAAAUAUGGAAAUUCCCUAGAGGCUUAUUUGAAUCAAGAGUUUGUGCUGAAGCUAAAGGUGGAGCCUCCCACAAAGGAGAUGAAGCUUAAAUUAAUGCAUGACAUAGCUCAAGAGUUUUCUAUUGAAUGGGAUUCCAAGGCUUUAGAACAAAAACUGUUUAAGCCACCUCCACUAGUGCGAGUAAACCUCCGGCCUAGGACCUUAUAAAACACUGCAUCAUGUUGCAACAUGAGUGGCACAACAACUUUGAAUUUGAAUGCAAUGCUUUUUAAUUUGAUGUAACAAAAUACUUGUAUAUGACUUUUCUCGCAGAACAAGGCCCAGAACAAGUCUCCAGGUGUUGCUGAUGACGAUAGAUACAAUUUGCAUAGAAACAAGAAUGAUACAUUCGAGAGAAGCAACGACACAACUAUGAAAAUGGACUUAGUAAUGUGCGCGAGUACAGGAGUCCAAAAAGAAAUGAAACAGACCUCACUUCUCGUGGGAGAAUGGAGGAUACUGAUGAUAAGUUAAAGCUGAAUAGCAGCAGUGAAGGUGAAGUGACUGAUAAAGAUAUCCCAAAGACUAGUUCUUCGGAUGGAAGUGUUUCCGAGGAUGGUAUAGAGAACAGGAAGCCCUCUUACUACAGGUUUGUUCCUCCUCCCUAUGUAAGGCCAUCACAGGGCAAAG